CAGGGUUCAGAUGCCAAGCAAUUAUUGGCAGCGUGGCUUAGUGGCCCCGUGCAUAGCUCACUCGGGCUUAGCCGUUAGAAUUGCAUCGCCGUGAUAGGAACGGUUGUGCAGGAGGCUGAGACUUCGUCCGAAGCAUCGCACAAGCGGAAGCCUCACUUCCUCCUGAUUUGCUUCCAUGGUAUCUGGGCGUUGAGAACGAGCGCAACGAGUCUCGAUGCGGAAAUGGUGGCACGCAGGCUUCACAGCCGCACUGGAGGGCAGGACACGCGGAGUACAAAUCUGGAGGUGGUCGCUGUGAGGCUGAAGUAUCUUUUUCUCUUCGCUUGAAUUCCUAUUUCUUGCGCAUUUCCUCUGUAGUUUUCGCGCCUUAGGAUUGAGAUAUACAGUCAAUGGCAGCACCACCGCACCGAUACGAUGAGGGGCUCGAGAUGAGCCAUUACGAUGGGAUGGAGGUCCACCAAUACCCCCAGCAGAGUUAUCAGAGGCACCAGAAUCACGAGUAUCAGGGAAUGGAAGUGCACAAUUAUCCUGGGAACGAUACCGACGAUACAUCUGAGAAGCCCGCUCUUCACGACGGGCCAUAUGUCUACAAUGAGGAUCCGCGAUCGCAAUUGCGUCGAGACCUCAAGACGAGACAGAUUGCGAUGAUAGCUCUUGGAGGUGCUUUGGGAACUGGGCUGCUCAUCAAUACUGGCCCUUCUCUUGCCGAAUCUGGCCCGGGGUCAAUGUUCAUUGGAUAUGCUCUGGUGGGCGUCCUCUGUUAUGCGGUAAUGAGCGCAAUGGGGGAGAUGGCUGCUUGGCUGCCGCUCGCAUCCGGCUUCACAGGCUUCGCCCAUCGUUUCGUUGAUCCGGCUCUUGGCUUUGCUCUUGGUUGGAAUUACUGGUUCAAAUACAUAAUCACCACCCCGAACAAUCUGAUUGCUUCUACUCUCAUCAUAAGGUUCUGGUUUGAUAAGGCAGGACAACAUGAUAGCCCAGGCGCAAACCCGGCUCUCUAUGUGACGCUUUUCCUGGCUGCAAUCAUCGCAAUUAACUACUUCGGCGUUGGAUUCUUCGGAGAGCUCGAGUUUUGGCUCAGCAGCGCUAAGGUUUUGAUCAUGAUCGGUCUGGUCAUCUUUACUUUGGUCACUGCAACAGGAGGUGCGGGCCACCACGAUGCUCCAGGAUUUCGUUACUGGAAAAGUGGAAAUCCUGGAGCUUUCGCAGAGUACGGAGCUAAGGGCGCAGGAGGCCGUUUCCUCGGCUUCUGGAACGUCAUGUCCAACGCCGUGUUCUCCUACCUCGGUGCAGAACUCGUAGGAAUCACAGUCGGCGAAGCGCAGAACCCACGGAAAGCCAUCCCGCGAGCCGUAAAACUCACAUUCUUCCGAAUCGUCUUCUUCUACCUGAUCCUCAUUCUCCUGCUCGGCAUGAACGUCCCCUACAACUCGCCCAUUCUGAUUUCCGCCGCCAACGAAUCCAAAAAUACCGCCUCCGCGAAAGCCUCCCCGUUCGUCGUAGCCGCCAUCUUGGCCGGUGUGCCAGCAGUGGAGACGUUGAUCAAUGUCUGCCUUUUAGUCUUCACCUUCUCCGCCGCAAACUCGGACUUGUACAUCGCGACCCGCUCGCUCUACUCUCUCGCCAUUGAGGGCAACGCCCCACGCAUCUUCUCGCGUACGGAUGACAGAGGGGUCCCCAUCUACGCGCUUGCCCUCUCAAGUAUCUGCUGUACAUCAGCAUACAUGUCCAUCCGCCUCAGCGCCUUCCGCACCUUCCAGUACUUUGUCAGUCUGGUAACAAUCUUCGGAAUCCUGACCUGGAUCUCGAUCCUCAUCAGCCACAUCUACUUCGUUCGUGCUCGCCGCGCCCAAGGCAUCCCAGACACGGCGCUCGCAUAUGUGUCACCCUUCGGAAUUCGCGGUUCAUGGGCUGCGUUGAUCUUUGCUUGUGUAAUCACGUUUUUCAAUGGUUGGGCAGAUUUUGUGCAUGGCCUAACGGAGGAAACGAAGUUCAACCACAAGAACUUCAUUGUUGACUAUCUGCCCGUGCCGCUUUACCUAGCGAUGAUCUUUGGGUAUAAGUGGAUCAUGAAGACAGAGGGUGUCAAGGCCGCGGAUGCGGAUCUGCUUGGAGGGAAGAGCAAGAUCGAUGAGGAUGAGGCGGAGUUUGUUGCGGGGGAGAUGGCGCGGAGAGGAGGGGCGCCGGAGCGGAAGUGGGAGAGGGUGUAUCGAUUGACGUUGGGGAAUUUCUUUUGAUCCUGCUGCAUGUACUGGUGUUCCCCUCUCCAUCACGCGUUGUAUCGAUCAUGUUGGUUAGCGUUGAUAUUGAGCGAAGACUGUACUUGAAUUUGUAGUUGUAACGACUAACGACUCUCAUUAUAUAUGUACUGUACUCUACAGCCAGUCUAGCCCC